AAUCAUUUAUGACGCAAGAUCCUAAAAUAGAGAAACCCGAUUAGGCCCGAUUGAAAUCAGCUUGAACUGACCGAUUAACACCCUAUUUUAAAUGCGCAAAACCAAGGUCUUUGUGGGACCUAUCCAAUCUGGAAGUCCUGGUCCUUUGAUCUCCUGUACUAGAACUGCUCACUGUGCCUCAGCUCAGUAAUAUCAACCGUAAUAGGCGAACUCAACAACGCGGACAGACCGUCGAGUGUUGGUAAAACCCUAGCUGAACGUCCUUUAAUCCAUGCCCAACAUCUCCAUUCCUGCGAUAUUGCCCAUCUUCUAUGCUACCCAUUUUAGGUUUCUGUUCCUCCGUUUUCUAUCAAGAUCCAGUUCAACAUCUUCAGUUCCGACGCAUCAACACAUCGCCCACCUCAUCCUCGAUCAGAAAUCGGCCUCCCAAGCCCUCCAAACCUUCAGAUGGGCUUCGAAAAUCUCGAAUUUCACACACGACCAAUCCACCUACAGGGCUCUGAUACACAAGUUAUGCACUUUCCGUCGAUUUGAAAGUGUAAAGGAGCUGCUUGAUGAAAUGUCAAGCUCAGUUGGUUCACCUCCGGAUGAAGACAUCUUUGUCACAAUCGUUCGAGGGCUUGGCCGGGCUCGGAUGAUUCGUGAAGUAACCAAGGUACUUGAAUUGGUUUGUAGAUUUCAGAUAGAACCAUCUUUGAAAAUCUUCAACUCUAUACUGGAUGUUCUUGUUAAGGAAGAUAUUGAUUUAGCCAGGGAGUUUUAUAGGAAGAAGAUGAUGGGAUGUGGAGUUCGAGGGGAUGAUUACACUUAUGGAAUCUUGAUGAAAGGUCUCUGCUUGACGAAUAGGAUUGCCGAUGGUUUCAAGCUUCUGCAAUUGAUUAAAUCUCGGGGUAUAACACCCAAUACCGUGAUUUAUAAUACUUUGAUUCAUGCUCUUUGCAAGAAUGGGAAGGUCGGGAGGGCUAGGAGCUUAAUGAAUGUGAUGUUUGAGCCUAAUGAAGUUACUUUCAACGUUAUGAUAUCGGCCUAUUGCAAGGAUGGGGAUCUGAUUCAAGCACUAGUGCUGCUAGAGAAGAGCUUCAAUCUGGGGUUUGUUCUUGAUGUUGUUACGGUCACAAAAGUGGUGGAAAUCCUCUGUAGCGAAGGUCGUGUCACAGAAGCUGUUGAGGUUUUGGAAAGGGUGGAGGAGAAAGGUGGCAAAACUGAUGCUGUUGCUUACAACACUUUGAUUAGAGGGUUCUGUAAAUUGGGAAAAGCAAAGGUUGGGUGCCGGUUCUUGAAAGAGAUGGAGAGGAAAGGUUGUCUUCCAAAUGCAAACACAUAUAAUGAAUUGAUAUCUGGUUUCUGCAAUUCUGGGAAUUUGGAUUCAGCUCUUGAUGUGUUUCGCGAGAUGCAAAGCGAUGGGAUCAGCCCGACUUUUGUCACAUACAAUACAUUGAUCUGGGGCUUGUGUUCUUGGGGUAGAAUGGAAGAUGGGUUCAAGAUUUUGGAGCUAAUGGAAGAGAGUAGAGGGGGACCUGGAGGUCAGAUUAGUCCUUAUAACAGCAUCAUCUAUGGUCUUUAUAAGGAAAACCGCCUGGACAAAGCACUUGAAUUCCUCACCAAGAUGAAAAGCUAUUUUCCUAAAGCUGUUGAUAGGAGCUUGAGGAUAUUGGGGUUCUGUGAGGAAAGCAGUUUUGUGGAAGGAAAGAGGGCCUAUGAUCAGAUGGUCAAGGAAGGUGGUGUACCCAGUGCUCUGGUCUACAAGCACUUAAUUGGUGGUUAUUGUGAAACAGGGGACAUAAGAGAAGCAUUCAACCUGAUUAAUGAUAUGGUUGGUCAUGAUUAUUUCCCUGUUGCAUCAACAUUUAAUGCUCUCAUCAGUGGAUUCUGUAGGCAAGGCAAAGUGGGGAUUGCUUUAAAGUUCAUGGAGGAGAUGGUCGGGAGAGGAUGCCUACCUGAUUCAGGGAGCUACAAUCCUCUGAUUGAUGCUUUAUGUGGUAAAGGGGAUAACCUGAAGGCUUUAGAGCUUCUUCAGCAAAUGGUUGAAAAGGGUAUUGUUCCUGAUUAUUCUACAUGGCACUCCUUGCUGCUUUCUUUAAUUCAAGAAACCGCAUGGGUUGAAAGCAAUGCCAUAUUUCCAAACUUAGUCAAGUAUUAGAAACAAUUUGCAUUCAAUUGAACAGAUACACUGUUGUUAUUGAGAUCAGAUAACCUAGUACCUAUGCUACCAUCUUGGUCUGCAUCCUCUACCUGCUUUCAUUAAUGGGCAGACAAGCUCAGAAAGUGGCUGUGCAGCAGAGGAACCACACUUGCUUUGGUUCUCUUCAGCAAUGGUGGACUAACUUGAUAAGAACCUUAGAAGCUGAAGGGAGUUACGGUCCAUGUGGAACGUCGUUUUGCAAUGUAGUUACCAAAUUACACUGGUUGGUUUUCUUAAGCUCAAUCCUGCACAUUCGUGGCAGUGGCAAGAGAAAGCUGAAAGAGUCAGAGCACCACAGGCUUUUGUUCAUUAGAUCUCUUUCCUCUGGCAGAAAAUAUUACUGAUUGCUAGAGUGGAAUGUAGAGAUGCAACAAACAACCUGAAGAUGAGAGAGGCACAUGCCCUCAUUACCUCAACAAUGUAUUGGCAACAAUUGCAUGACUCAUUGUGGUUCUGAUAUUAGAACAUUGACACCAUGAUCAAUAUAGAGAGACUGAAUCCUGCUGAGCUUUGUAAUUGGCAUUAUAUUGUCUUGAAAAUGUGAUUGAAAAUUGAAGGCAAUAAACGGAAACAGAACCUUAAAUUCAA